AUGGCCUACAACCUCACUACGUCCACCAUCCCUUCCAUGAUCUCCGCCUACCUCCCUCCUUCGCUCCACCCCUUUCUUCUCCUUUCCUAUCCUCUUCCCCCAUCGGGCGAGCUCUUGCUCGAGCCCUUGGCCAAUGGAAGCUCCAGCUUUAGCUCCAGCGGGACACUGUACGGCAAAGGUCCGCUUGACGCAUACUUUGUCCUGUUCUGGGCGGUCGCGUUCACUGCCUUGAGAUGGGCGACGAUCCACUAUCUCUUCUCGCCUAUCGCCCGGCUGUUACUCCCCCGGCUAAAGGCCAUCAAGGGACAAGAGAGAGAAUGGAAUAGGGCCGAGAGGAAGAGAGAGCAUGUGGUUCUGAGAUUUGCAGAGCAGGGCUGGAGCUGGUUGUACUGUACUUACGUCUUGACCCGAUUCCCCAACCCCACCUCGCCUGAGCAACUUUGGGGCACCUAUCCAUUCCACCCUCUGCCCGGUUCUCUCAAGUUUUAUUACCUCGCCCAGCUUGGAUGGUGGUUCCAUCAGCUGCUCGUGAUCAACUUUGAGAAACGCAGAAAAGACCACUGGCAGAUGUUUGGUCACCACAUCUUGACCAUCGUGUUGGUGGUCGCGAGUUAUGCGAUGAACUUUACAAGAGUGGGCGUCUUGAUCCACUGCUUGAUGGACUUUUGUGAUAUUCUGUUACCUUUUGCAAAGAUGCUCCGGUACAUGGGUUGCACUACCGCAUGCGACCUCGCCUUUGUCGUCUUCCUCGUCUCUUGGUUCCUCACCCGCCAGGUCGGCCUCUUCCUCGUCAUCCUCACCACCUACCGUGACGCCCCUGCCUACAUUCCUCAUAUAUGGGCCCCCGAAAAGGGCAUGUACUUUACACACAAUGCCUAUGUGGGAUUCGUGGCGCUGUUGGGCACGCUAUGGUGUCUGGCAACGGCGUGGUUCUACAUGGCGUGUGUUGUGGCUAUCAGGGUGGUGAGGGGACUGGGGGCGGAAGAUUCUCGGAGUGAAGAGGAUGAGGACGAGAGUGUAGAGGGCGAGGGGGUGUUGGAAGAUGUGCCCCAGGUGGUGGGGACCUCGAGUGCGGUGGAGCAAGACGGGGAUGCGAGGAAGCGGAGAUGA